AUGUUCUCUUUCAAGACACUCUCCGUCGUUCUGGCCGUUUUUGCUGCUAGCGUCCAGGCAGAACGCCACACCGUUCACUUCGUCAACAGAUGUGGCCAUGGAACUCCUCAACUUAUUCAAAACGGGAGGGUCCUUUCCACGGGAGGUGACUACACCUCCAACGGCCCACUUGUGGCCGCCAUUGCCUAUCUGCAGACCGGAAACUGUGGCUUUAAUGGAGAACGAUGCAUAACCGUCGAGACAACUCUGCAGAACCCUACCACACCAGGCAGUGGAUCGAGUACCGACCUUUCCCUUAUUCCCCCGCUCGCAUUCUCGGUCACCACUGGGUUCGGAUAUUACAAUGGUUGCAACGGAGCUGGUGCAUCCUGCAACAACCAGAACUGCAACACUGCCUUCCACAAGCCGGAUGAUAACCAGGUUCAAGUUGCCUGCCAACAGAAUGAUGUCAACCUCGCAAUAACCUUCUGCUAA